AUGGCCGACAAGCUCACGGAUGCGCAAGUCGCAGACCUGCUGACCAUCCUGCGAAGCGACUCAUCCCUCGACGCCAAGGUCCAGUUCGUCACGGUCAUAAAAUCCGCCAUCAAGCAGCAUAACGUGCCUGAGAGCUGUAUUGCCCAGCUCUUUGACGGUCUGCGCACCGCGUCGUCUGCCCAGCAUGCCGCCCUCGUCAACGCCGGCUUCACCGCUCUCAACCACCUCUUGACCCGGUUGUCGCGUCAGGACCCUAAGCUGCUCGCUCGCGAGGCGGCUCGCACACUGCCGCUGGUAAUCGAGAAGCUGGGCGAUCAGAAGGACAAGUACCGGAGUCUGGCCGCACAGGCUCUCAACACCCUCUACGUCGCAUCACCUGCUGAUGCCGAGCGCUUCGUGCGCAGCUCGGCCCUGGCCGGCAAGAACCCACGGGCCAAGGAGGGCGGCAUGCACUGGCUUUUGCAGACUCAUCAGGAACAUGGUCUGCCUUUUCGAGGCUACGUUCCCAUACUCAUGGAACUUCUCGAAGAUGCCGACGGCAUGGUUCGAGACACUGCCAAGGCCACCGUGAUUGAACUCUUCAGAACGGCCCCAAACACCGCCAAGUCAGACCUCAAGCGACAACUAAAGAACUUCAAGGUUCGUCCUGCUAUUGAGCAAGCCAUUGUCAAGGCCCUCGCGCCCGCAGGUGGUCGCCCGGAAACGCCAGCCGAUUCCCUUCCGUCACAACUGUCGCAAACCAGCCGAUCGACCCUUGUGGCCAGUGUUUCGUCUCUGGGAAGCGAACGACCCAUCACUCCAAUGCCCGACGCCGCCGACGCAGUCGACCCGCAGUACGUUAAUACCAACCGCGAGCUGGACGACAUCUUCAAGGACAUGGCCUGGUUCUUCGAGGGCAAGGAGACGGAACAGAACUGGCUGAAGCGUGAACAAUCCAUCAACACUUUGCGGCGCCUCAACGCUGGUAAUGCAGCCACCGAUUUCCAGGACGUCUUUGUGAGUGGCCUCCGUGCCAUGCUGGAUGGUAUAAUCAAGACCAUCAACUCACUGCGAACGAGCUUGUCCAAGGAAGGAUGCGGUCUCAUCCAGGAGAUUGCCAUCUCGCUCGGUCCGGCUAUGGAUCCCAUGGUAGAGUUGUUGAUGCAGGCUCUGGUCAAACUAUCUGCGGGGACAAAGAAGAUUAGCUCGCAGAUGGCCAACGUGACGGUUGAUACCAUUAUCAGCCGCGUCACCUACAAUCAGCGGUUAAUGCAGCACAUCUGGGGUGCCAGUCAAGACAAGAACAUUCAACCCAGGACCUAUGCAACAGGCUGGCUAAAGACUGUACUGAAAAAAGAGGCUGGUCAUAAGAGUCAUAUGGAGCACACCGGGGGUGUAGACUUGAUGGAAAAGUGUAUCCGCAAAGGCUUGGGAGAUGCCAACCCUGGAGUGCGAGAAAAGACGAGAUCUGCAUUCUGGGCGUUUUGGGGUGUUUUCCCUGCACGUGCCGAUGCCAUCAUGGCGGACCUCGACUCCACGGCUCAGAAGCUAUUGAACAAGGACCCAAACAACCCGAACUCUCCUAAGAAGACGGACGCACCGGCUCGGCCUGGCCUUGGGUUAUCUAGGAGUACCAUGGCGUCCAGCAAACCUAGCCUCCGAGAGGCCAUGAUGGCCCAGAAGAAGGCUCUGGCUGCCAAGAAUCUGCCAGCAAGACCUGGCUCGGCCAUGGCCCAUAUCUCAUCGCCCGUUCGGACUACAUCGAACACGUCAACCCACUCUACUGCGUCCACGAAACCUACCGCUACAAGGACCCGCCCCGAAUCGACCCUGUCCGUCAACGCCGGAGGCAUGUCGGUGGCUCCCAUGCGGCCAACACGCCGUCGACCAGAAAUGGCGGCUCGUCCCGCGACCGCUGGCCCUUACUCGGUUCGUGAUCGCCCUGGCUUGGACGCUGACAGCCCCGAGAGCGUCAAAUCCAAGCGUGUCACUCCCAAGGCGCCAAAGGCUGUGACUCCCAAGAAGACACUUCCAAAGACUCGCCCCGGCCAUACGUCUCAUGCCAGCGAAUCAAGCAUCCCGUCGCCGACUUUCCCAUCCGCACACAAGCGCAUCGCUUCUCCACGGGGCAGCCCCGUGCUGCUGAAGCAUUCACAAACAUCGCCUGCCUCGGUCAGCAGAGCGGUUCCGGCGCGCAGCAAUAGCGAGUCGAUGCCAGUGCCGAACUUUGCCAGCCUGCAUGUCUCGGCGCCAGAGCAAGCGGAGAAGCUCCAGGAGUCUCCGGGAAUGUUGAGAUCAUCGCCUGCAGCGGCAGUGACUCGGGAAAGCAACUUGGGGACUCAAGUCCAAUCGCCGUCUUGUACACUCAAGGUUUAUGAAGACCCGUUUACGGACGGCGCUCCGUCUGCAACGAAGCCAACUUUCAACGUUCCUGUUCUGGAGGAUAAGCCAGUGAAUGAAGCCGCAGGUAACUUGCCGAAGCCAAAUGGCGAAUCGCUGAUGCCGGAUACGCUAGACUCGCCAGAGAAGACUCGACAAAAUUCCAGGCUGCUGGACAGCGGGAUCACCAAAAUUAAGAACAAGAAUCUCGAAGUCCAUGGCUUUCGAAAGCUGCAAUCUCUCAUCCGCGACAGCAAGACUGUCUUGACAGAUGGGAAGUUCGAGGAUCUAUUAUUGGGGCUUUUCCAAUACCUAGAGGACCCUCUGCCUAGCCUUCCCGCGGAGAAAGUGCAAGACGUCAAGGCCCAGAUCUUGUCCACCAUCAAGCUCUUACUCAAGAAGGAGCGGGACAACUUUCAACCACACGUUUCCAAGGGCCUGGAGUCUCUGCUUGAGACGCGUGGGGCUUGCGAUACACGAGCUCAUGUGGUCAGUGGCCUAGAGCUUUUGGCGGACGAGCUCGUAACCAUCGGAGAUGGUUCUGAAAUUGUAGUUGUUCUCACCAAGAGACUUCAAACAUGUACGGAUGCUACGACAGAGGGGUGUCGUACCCUGAGUAUGGGCCUACAUGUCCUCAAGGAGAUGCUCGAUAAGCGGGCCGAGUUUGUUCCUGUAGACUGGGAACUAGUGCAGUUGACCGACUUGUCAAGUCGUUGUCUGGAGUCUGCCGACUCUGGAGUCCGCAUGGACGCUGUCAAGUUCUGUGUGUCGCUGCACGAUCGUGUGGGCGAUGCUGGAUUCUGGGGCGCAUUCAAGGAUAUAAAGGAGGAUCCGAAAAGUCUUAUUACGUACUAUAUUGUUAAGAAGCAGCGAGAGCAAGGUUCUGUUUCUUAA